AUGCUUCGUUUUAAUUGGCUAAAACGGAUUUCAUUUCUGCUAAUUUUGCUCAUUUUUUUUUGGAUAAUUAUUAGAAACAUAAAUUUGUCCAAUUAUGGAAAUAAUUGGACUCAGUUGCGAACAAAUAUUGUUCCUCCUAAAACUGGUGAUAGUGAAUGCGUGAGAAAAGCUUAUUGUCCAAAUGACGAGGUGACAAUUCUAGUGAGACCGGAAAGCCGAACGAAACCACCAUUGCUAUGUUUAAAUAAUAAAAAAUUAUUCGACAGUUCGAAAUUGGUUAGAGGAUUGAAUAUCGCUAUUUUAAACAGUGACAAAAGCAUUGUCGGUGUACAUUAUUUAAGCAUUCAAGACAGUGAUUUUUCUCUUAUAAGGUUGUUGGCGCAAGUGCAUUAUUCUGAAAUUAUUGUGGGAACUUCAUAUGGUGACGUUUCAUCAAAGGUAUCAGCUGAAACACGACAUUUGUUGCGUUUGUUUGGUUUAUCACUUGCGCAGUAUAAAACAGAGACCAGCUUACUUUUUGUUGGGCAGUUAGGUCUGUCGGUUCCAGCAGCUUUUGAAAAGGUUGUUUCACUGGAAAUAGUAGAGCCGAAAUAUUAUGUCAGAUGUUUGAAGGCACCAAUGGGAGAGCAAUCAAAUGUUACGAUACGAGUACCUGAAGUGCACCACAUUGAUGAGCAUAUUGUCGCUCAGUUAUCAGCUGUAAAAGGACAAGAAAUGAACGUGAAAUUUGGUGUAGAAUUACCGAACUGUGGUCAUCCAGAGAAAUGUCCUGAAGAUGAAAUUCCGAUGCUUUUUUAUUCGGGAAAGGACAAAGAUGAUUCUCCUCGGUUGUGUGUAAAUGGAAGAUUAAUAAUAGAUCGAGAUCUGAAUUCCGCUGGUCGCGGGUUGAAUUUAGUUGUUAUUGAUUCUAAAACUCAUCAAGUAAUGCGCACUGGGCACUAUGAUACUUACCUUGAAGAUAGUUCAGCAUUAGUUUUGUUUCUGGAGCAACUCUCACCUGGAGAGAUUGUGGCUGUGAUCAGUUUUGACGAAGCAUCAAAUAGCUUAUCAGACAUGGCAAAGCAUAUUUUUUACGAGUUAGGCUCAAGCCUCAUACAUCGCUUGAAAUUCCGUGCUUCAUGGUAUUUUAUUGGCCAGAAAGGAAUUGAUGGUUACACACCAUUCGAGGACAUGAAUUUACCAUCCGGCAACGACUGGGCUAAACCAAUUAGGCAAACGAUUUGUGUACCCUCAGUGUUGGAUGGAUUGAAAACUGUAAAAAAUCGUUUGCCAAAGGCACAAAAUAUGCUUCGGCGACAUUUUUGUUCCCGAUAUGAUGGUUAUGAAGACUUUUGUGAUGAAAGCCAUAUCGAUAUGCCGUUAAUACCACGUAGUAGUCAAACUUAUUUACCAUCAACUGAUCGCAUUUAUUCGGUUCCAAUAUUACUUGCUGGAGGCUUAAAUACGAAUAAUAUACGUUUAUGUCUGGAAAGCAUCUAUGAUCAAGACGGUAUUAAUCCACAAAAUGUAGUUGUGGCAUUUGAUUCCAUUUAUAAUGAAAUAUCAGAUCUGAGUGCACUGUUUCAUGUUAGAGCUUUGCCAAUCAACAGUUCAGCUUCUUAUAAAGAUUUCGUAUUGGAAGGCAUUGAUAAUAUGAUGACACUAUUCCCAUAUGCACCAUGUCUAAUUGUUGUUGAGGAAGAUAUGAUUUUAUUACCUGGCUUUUUGUAUUUUCUUGCGCAACUAUUGCCACACUUCAUGAAAGAUAACACUGCAAGCUUUAUUCUAUUGCUCAAUGAAAACAUUGUUAAAAGUCGUGAUAUGGAUGUUUCGUCUGUAUAUCGUAUCGAAAAUGGUGUAGCAGCUGGUGCUUAUUUGGUGAAAAAGUCAUUUCACGAUAAAUUUAUAAAAAAUCGACAGUGUUGUGAAAGAACGAAAUUUGGCUGGCUGAUUUCUGCUGUCUCAUAUAUACCUGCUGUAUCUCGUGUUGAACUUAUCAAAACGUUUGAUUUGGUGGCGUUAACAAACAAUGAUGGCACACCUAUGAAACUAGCGGGAAAUAACAAGAACAAUCUGUUGAAUGGCGAUGAAAAAGUCGAAAAUGCAGAUCGAUUAAGUGAAGAAAGUUAUGAUGCAGAAUUGAGAAAAAUCAUUGAUAAUAGCUGGAAAUAUUACGUGAAGGGUUAUGUUAAUUGUCAUGAUAUUUUUAGUCGACGUGGUGGUAUUGAUUCCAGCAUUGUGACUGUUCCUACCAUCAUUAUUAUAUAUGAUGAAAGUACGGAUGCACUAUCACAAUUAGCUCGGUGUUUUGAUUUCCAUGUUAUGAAGAAUUGUUCAUUAGGUUCAUACAAAGGUAUUACACGAAUCUCAGUUGCAGACGCAUCAUACGUGAUGGUUGCAAGUAGUAGCUCCUUUCUCAAAGUCAAAUUACAAAAUCUUACUUCGACAUCUCAGUCUUUAUAG